AUGGCGUGGUUAAGGUUGCAGCCUCUCACCUCUGCCUUCCUCCAUUUUGGGCUGAUAACUUUUGUGCUCUUCCUGAAUGGUCUUCGAGCAGAGACUGGUGGCUCAGAGGAUGUGCCCAGCACAGGGCAGAAUAAUGAAUCCUGUUGGGGGUCAUUGGAAUGCAAGGAGGGUGUCAUAUUACCAAUCUGGUACCCAGAGAACCCUUCCCUUGGGGAUAAGAUUGCCAGGGUCAUUGUCUAUUUUGUGGCCCUGAUAUACAUGUUCCUUGGGGUAUCCAUCAUUGCUGACCGCUUCAUGGCAUCUAUUGAAGUCAUUACUUCUCAAGAGACAGAAGUGACUAUCAAAAAGCCCAAUGGAGAGACCAGCACAACAAUGAUUCGGAUAUGGAAUGAAACUGUCUCCAACCUGACCCUUAUGGCUCUGGGUUCCUCUGCUCCUGAGAUCCUCCUCACUUUAAUUGAGGUGUGUGGUCACGGGUUCAUUGCUGGUGAUCUGGGACCUUCUACCAUCGUAGGCAGUGCAUCCUACAACAUGUUCAUCAUCAUUGCCAUCUGUGUGUACGUGAUCCCUGAUGGAGAGACUCGUAAGAUCAAGCACCUACGAGUGUUCUUUGUCACUGCUGCUUGGAGCAUCUUUGCCUAUAUCUGGCUCUAUAUGAUCCUGGCAGUCUUUUCUCCUGGUGUGGUCCAGGUUUGGGAAGGCCUCCUCACUCUCUUUUUUUUCCCAGUGUGUGUGCUUCUGGCCUGGAUAGCAGAUAGGAGACUGCUAUUCUACAAAUACAUGCACAAAAGGUACCGUACAGAUAAACACCGAGGAAUUAUCAUAGAGACAGAGGGUGGCCACUCCAAGAGCAUUGAAAUGGAUGGGAAAAUGAUGAAUUCCCACUUUCUAGAUGGGAAUCUGGUGCCACCAGAAGGGAAAGAAGUGGAUGAGUCCCGAAGGGAGAUGAUCCGGAUUCUCAAGGAUCUGAAACAAAAAUAUCCAGAGAAGGACUUAGAUCAGCUGGUAGAGAUGGCCAAUUACUAUGCUCUUUCCCAUCAACAGAAGAGCCGCGCCUUCUACCGGAUUCAAGCCAUCCGUAUGAUGAUUGGUGCAGGCAAUAUCCUGAAGAAACAUGCUGCAGAACAAGCCAAGAAGUCCGCUGCUAUGAGUGAGGUGCACACCGAUCAGCCUGAGGACUUUGCCUCCAAGGUCUUCUUUGACCCAUGCUCUUACCAUUGCCUGGAGAACUGUGGGGCUGUACUCCUGACAGUGGUGAGGAAAGGGGGGGACACAUCCAAGAUCAUGUAUGUGGACUACAAAACAGAGGAUGGUUCUGCCAAUGCAGGGGCUGACUAUGAGUUCACAGAGGGCACCCUGGUUCUGAAGCCAGGAGAGACCAAGAAGGAGUUCUCUGUGGGCAUCAUUGAUGAUGACAUUUUUGAGGAGGACGAAUACUUCUUUGUGAGGUUAAGCAAUGUCCGCAUAGAGGAUGAGCAGCAAGAGGAAGGGAUGGCUCCAACAAUACUGAAUAAUCUUCCCUUGCCUUCCAGGGCUGUCCUGGUGUCCCCUUGUGUGGCCAAAGUCACUAUCUUGGAUGAUGACCAUGCAGGCAUCUUCACUUUUGAAUGUGACACUAUUCGUAUCAGUGAGAGUAUUGGUGUCAUGGAGGUCAAGGUUCUGAGGACAUCAGGUGCCAACGGCACAGUCAUCGUCCCCUUUAGGACAGUGGAAGGGACAGCCAGGGGUGGUGGUGAGGAUUUUGAAGACAUAUAUGGGGAGUUGGAGUUCAAGAAUAAUGAAACUGUGAAAACCAUAAGGGUUAAAAUAGUAGAUGAGGAGGAAUACGAAAGGCAAGAGAAUUUCUUCAUUGCCCUUGGUGAACCGAAAAGGAUGGAACGUGGAAUAUCAGAGGUGACAGACAGGAAGCUGACUCCGGAGGAAGAGGAAGCCAAGAGAAUAGCAGAAAUGGGAAAGCCAGUAUUGGGUAAACACCCCAAACUAGAGGUCAUCAUUGAAGAGUCCUAUGAGUUCAAGAAAACAGUGGACAAACUGAUCAAGAAGACAAAUAUGGCCUUGGUCGUGGGGACCCAUUCCUGGAGGGACCAAUUCAUGGAGGCCAUCACUGUCAGUGCAGCUGGGGACGAGGAGGAGGAUGAAUCAGGCGAGGAGAAGCUGCCCUCCUGCUUUGACUACGUCAUGCACUUCCUGACGGUCUUCUGGAAGGUGCUGUUUGCCUGCGUGCCCCCCACAGAGUACUGCAGUGGCUGGGCCUGCUUCUUCGUCUCCAUCCUCAUCAUCGGUGUGCUCACAGCCAUCAUCGGGGACCUGGCCUCCCACUUUGGCUGCACCAUCGGCCUCAAGGACUCGGUCACAGCUGUUGUUUUCGUGGCAUUUGGCACCUCUGUGCCAGAUACCUUUGCCAGCAAAGCCGCCGCCAUUCACGAUAUGUAUGCAGACGCCUCCAUCGGCAAUGUCACUGGCAGCAACGCCGUCAACGUCUUCCUGGGCCUUGGCCUGGCCUGGUCCGUGGCCGCCAUCUACUGGGCCAUGCAGGGAGAGGAGUUCCGCGUGUCUGCGGGCACGCUGGCCUUCUUCGUCACCCUCUUCACCAUCUUCGCGUUUGUCUGCAUCAGCGUGCUCCUGUACCGCCGGCGGCCCCACCUGGGCGGGGAGCUGGGUGGCCCCCGGGGCUGCAAGCUGGCCACGACCGGGCUCUUUGUGACCCUGUGGCUCCUCUACAUACUCUUUGCCUCGCUGGAGGCCUACUGUUACAUCAAGGGGUUCUGA